ACAGAGGACAGACAGACAGACAGAGGACAGACAGACAGACAGACAGAGGACAGACAGACAGACAGACAGAGGACAGACAGACAGACAGACAGAGGACAGACAGACAGAGGACAGACAGACAGAGGACAGACAGACAGACAGAGGACAGACAGACAGACAGAGGACAGACAGACAGACAGAGGACAGACAGACAGACAUUUAAUACAUUGAUUACCGGUGAAAGAACAAAACCAACUUCCGUCUCCGUAGCGUCUCACACGGAAAUAUUUAUUUAACUCCAGUUUAAUAACAAUGGAGAACACCUAACAUUUUAGAUUUAUAGUAACUCACAAAUAAGGCCAUGUAAAAUAGAAAAUAUAAUGCCUUUUUUAAGGUCAUUGUACUAGGCUCAAUAUAUUUGUUUGGUGCCAAAGGUCCGUGUUGCUCUAUGUUUGGUGCAGCAGCAAAAAUAAUAAAUAUUUAUUACCUUAAAAUCACGUUCGAGUUAUCUAACGGGUUGGGAGGACCAUAAAUCGUUAGCAAGUUAAAUUUUACAAAUGUAUAUUGGACCACUAGGCGAGGUCGGUUUGAUAUAAAUUUAACACACCUAUGACACCUAUGAUUAUGCUAUAUUAUGGUAGCAGGGAGCAGGGAGAGGGUCUGGUAUGAUGAUAAAGGUGGAAGAUGGUAAUAGGAACUCGGCAAUGAAAUAACGCAGUACCCUCGAGGUUGGCUUUAUUAGAUUUGUCUUGGCGAAUAGGUACUCUGGCCCAAGGGGCCUGUUUAAUAAAACUUACAAUUGUAAAAUACAAUGACAAUUUGAUGUUCAUUACGUAGCUAAUAUGAAACUGCAAAAUACUCGUGAUCACACACUCCGCAAUGUACAUCAAAUUGUCAUUGUAUUUUACAAUUGUAAGUUUUAUUAAACAGGCCCCAGGUGACUGAGUCGAAAGUAUAGGAUCUAAAUAAUAUAACAAAUAACGCAAAGGACUUUCCAGGUUACGUUUCCAAAACAAAAAUACAGAUGGCGCUGUACAAUGUUGCUUUCAUUUAACCUUUUAAUUUCAUGGAUAACAGACAUAACGUAACGAAUACCGAGGGGGAUGAUUCAGAUCAUAAAUCUGAGUUGAUAUCAAAUGGAAUUUGUUGUCGGAAAAUUCAUGAAAAUCUUAGUGUUCUUCUUAAUUAUUUUCAGUCCCAUACUUUUGCGACGGAAAAUUCCACUUCAUAUUAAGUCAGAAUCAUGGUCUGAAUCAUCCCUCAGUUUUCGUUAUGAUGUCACUAACAGCCUGUAUAUAUGCUGCAGCCAUUAGAUUCAAGUUUUGAAUAAUUAUGUACCCGACCAAUGAGAAAGUAGGUAAUUAUCACGUUAAAUCUAUAUAGAGCCAUCAAAUGUUUUUUUUUGGGAACAUGGACUGGAAUGUCCCUCAUUGAGGGGAUGGACUUGCGCUUAGCUGUGGGACGCAUAUAGCUAGGCUUUUUAGAUAAUUAGGAUAGUGUCCGACCGAACUGUCGGUAUCAGUGAAAACACGGGUUUUGGCUUAGUUUCGGUUUCGCCUGUAUUCAUAAUUACAGAGAAAACUCAAUAGGCUCGCCCCGUAUUACUGGGACUGCCUACCCCUUCUGGAAUACAAACGCGAUGUUAUCUUAUUAGUCCCAGUUCCAGUUAGAGGUAACCAAUCGUCGUUAUCAUAGGUAGAGAGGUCAGCAUCAAAAAUUACACCUACUGCAAGUGGUUAACUAGGUACUUAGUUAAAAAGCCUCUUUAGAAGGUAGGUAUCUUGAAAAUACGAGUAGAUAUUAUAAGUAAUAGUACUACUUAUACAUUAUGUAUUUUGUGGUAUUAGUAAAAGAGGUAAUUAACGAGUGUAAGUUAAUCGGGAUAGAGUUCUCUAUAAGAUUAUUUAAUUAUCAGGGUGAAACUUAAGGAAUCAAUUUCAGAUAAAGAGGUUUAUUGUGAACAUGCAUUUCAUAACAUAACAUCCUGCUAUCGACAAUAAAUACAGGCUGCUCGGCGCGGCGCCUUCUGUCUGACAGCUUAUAGUUAUUCGCACUCAUAUAGAGAUUUAAGGCGUGUAGUAGUUUGUGGUUUAGGUAUAGCUGUAAAAUCCAACAAACACUUGAUCGAUCGAUACGUGACUAUCCACACUCUCGUAUAUCCGCCCUCAAUGAAAUGUAUUUGAUAUUAGUGUAGCAUUACCAUUACAUUACCUACUGUUAAUCUUUUUAAACUCUCACACGUUUAUACUUAUAUUAUUAUAAGUAUUCAAAUAAAAUCGAGAAUGUUAGUACUACUCCAUUGCUUUACAUUAUUAACGUUAGAAAAUAAGCAAUAGAAUACACUCCCAUUUGACAUUAUUUUAGAUUUUAGAUGAACUGUUAGGAGAAUUAGCGUUUCGUGUAGGCAAGCCAGGGGCUAAAAAUAGUUCUCUUGUCUAAAAGUAAUGUUAUUUACGUUUGUGCAUCCGCUUUUACUAUCUUACGCCACACACAUAAUAGUGAAAUUAUAAAGUUCAGUAAGAAGUUACAGUUUGGGGUAAAAUGUCACGACAUAAGCAACCUACCACACUCGAAGAGAUGUCGUUGCGCAGACUUGGAGACUGGAUAGCACUACAAGCAGAAGCGAAGAUGAUACCCAUAGCGCUAAGGGCUCAACGUGAUAUAACUGGAGCACAAACAAUUAUUGCACAAAACGUGAGCAACGUUCGUUCGCUUUUAGCACACAACGUUCCCUGGAUGUUAUAUGACUCGUUAGUUAAUGAAGUCAUACGAGCCUUAAAUGAGUUAUUUGAAAAUACUAAACAAUCUUUGGGUUUCCGUGGAUCUAUGGGAAAAUUCGUCAGUCAAAUGAACGUAAUUGUAAGAAUGGCCGAAGCGGUGUUUACUAAUAAAUUAACAAUAGUUUGCAUAGACACUAUACCAAAGGUAUUGCGGUCAGUUUUUUAUUCCAAGUUACACAUGCUUUCCGGGUUAGUAUACUUGAAUCUUGGUUCAUUAUCUGGAGGUUGGAAAACUGCAGAUAUGGAAGAAUCAGUUAUCUAUGCUUUGAAAGAAUUACAUUGUCUUAAAUAUCUAUUUAUUAAUUAUGACUGUACUGAUAAUAUACUAAUAUGUAUAGUAGAAAACUGCAAAAAAAUCGAAAAAUUGGAUGUUUCGAGUUCCAAGUGCAUUAACAAUGAUAGCAUAAACAUAGUAUCAAAAUUGAAGUCACUUAGAAGUGUUCAGUUAUAUCGAACUCUAGUUACCCUAGAAGGCUUUGCAAAGUUACUGAUAAACUGUAAACAAUUAGAAGACAUAGGAAGAUGCGACGACAUUGGUAGGGUUCUAGAAUUUAUAGAUUUGACUAAUUCUGAAGCAAGACCUUUUCAGUUAAAGACCUAUGUUAGUCGAUAUGCUACAAAUAGUCAUUUACAGUUAGCAGUUGAAAUGUGUCCUUUUAUCAGAAGUAUCACAGUAUUCCACAGCUCGUUACAGACAGAUCUCAUGGUGCUUCUAGGUUUACAAGAUUUGCGAGAACUCAAACUGUUGUCGUGUGAUUUUUAUGCCGACCAAGUUAAACAAGUGCUUCAAGUGAAGGGUUGUAAUAUUACACAUUUACAUCUGGAGCAUGUAGAACAGAUAGACUUGAACGCUUUAAUGUACAUCAGUCAAAUGUGUCCUUUGCUUGAAAGUUUCACUCUUUACAACUGUACACUGAUACAACACACUUCUCUGUAUACAAAAAAGUUAGAAAUUAUGCCUUUUAGAAAUUUAAAAAAGUUGACAUGCGUAGCAGCGUGCACCGAUGAACAAUUGUUGUUCAUGUUGACAAAUUGCAUAAAUGUUGAAUUUAUUCAUAUAGGAACAGCAGUACAAUUUACUGACGAUUUCGUAGAAAAGCUGUUGAAUAAGAAUCCACUUAUACAUUUAAAAGAAUUACGGAUAAUGCAGUCCGACUUUAUGACUAUGGUUUCGGUGGAAAGGAUAAUUGAAAGUUGUAUGAGUUUAGAGUUGUUAGUGGAACUAGAAAGUUGGGUUUUAUUAACUGAAAACGACAGGGACUAUAUAAGAAAUUACAUAAGAGUAAACAAUCUUAAUAUAAACACAGCUCCGAUAAGGAGAUAUGACGCCUAAGUUGAAAAUGUCAUAAUGUAUACUUAUUCAUCUCUUUUAAGGGCUAAUAAAUUGUAGAUCGGAAGUAAUCUCAUUCACUUAGCUCACUUGCUUGUAUGUAAAAAAGUAGUUUAGUCUAACAGUAUCUAGAAAGAUAUAUAUAUAAAGAAAAAAGAUAUAUAUAUAUUAUUAUAUAUUACAUAUUUAAUUGUGUUAAAUAUGUUUAGAUGUAAGAUAUUAAAAAUAAAUAAUUGUUGCUACCUAUAAAAGCUGAA